AUGCCACAGACUGCUGCCGCCGUCCGUCGCACUCAAGAACUACCGUCUUCGUGGUCUCGGGCCUCUCGCCGGAUCCUCCGCUUCGUGUGCUCGCAUCUCCCCUCUCUCCUCUGUGCUCGGCUGCUCGCGCCUCCCUCCGCCAGUGAGUGCUCGAGCUGUGCGCGUUGGUUACUGCUCGUUGUCCGUGGUUGUCUCUGCUCGAUUCUGCCUCCCAGUGUCACUCGAGUCUCGUCUCGGUCACUGGCAUCUCGUGGUUCGUCUGUCUCGUCGCCGGCGGCAGAAGCAACUCGUGGGGUUGUCUCUUGCUUCGUCGCCUUCUGUGGGGUGGUUGCCGACUCGCCUUCAACCGUUGCUUCAUGGUUUCAGGCACCGGAUAAGGCGCCAUUGAAAGAUGGUUCAAGCAUCAAUCAGCUUCUUGGUAUUAAAGGAGCUGCUCAAGAUUCAAAUAAAUGGAAGAUUCAAGUUCAAUUUACAAAAUCUGUCACUUGGCCUCCGUUGGUUUGGGGUGUAGUUUGUGGUGCCGCUGCUUCUGGAAAUUUCCAUUGGACUAUUGAGGAUGUUGCUAAAUCAAUUGCGGGCAUGUUGAUGUCUGGCCCGUUUUUAACAGGAUAUACUCAGACUAUAAAUGAUUGGUAUGACCGAGAAAUCCGAAUUCCUUCUGGGGUUAUAUCUGAGAACGAGGUUAUCACUCAAACAUGGGUGCUGCUACUAGGAGGUCUUGGCUUGGCAGGUCUAUUAGACGUAUGGGUUGUAAAGUGGCGAUGUCCAAAGCAAAGCCUAUCUCCCAACCCCGAUCCCGGAUUUGGUUGUCCAAAGAAAAGCCUAGCUCCCAAUGCUGAUGCCGGUUUUGGAUUUCCAAAGAAAACCAUACCUCCCAAGAAAAGCCUUCCUCCUAACCCUGAUACUAGUUUCCAGAAAAUGGUCCUUUAUUUAGAGUCUAUAGGUCUAGACUCUUUCUCAGUUAUCGAAAAUCAUCCGAAGUUGAUCACUGCCUCCCUCGAUGACAUUAAAUCUACAGUGGAAUACAUUAUGUCCAUGGACUUCACCACGACCGAGUUUCGACGCAUAGUUGGCAUGUGCCCGGAUGUUUUGACCACCCACGUCUCGGACAUCAUACCCGUCUUUACCUUCCUUCUCCGCGAGGCUCAUGUAAAAGGCUCGGAUAUUAAAAGGGUCAUACAUCGCCGCCCGAGGUUGCUCGUUUGCAGUGUCAAUAACCAACUCCGUCCUACACUUUACUACCUCCAAAGUAUUGGCAUAGAAGAGGUAAGUAGGCACACUGAUUUGCUAUCAUGUAGUGUCCAAGAAAAGCUUAUACCCCGAAUAGAUUACUUCGAGAAUAUCGGGUUUUCUCGACGCGAUGCAACUACCAUGUUUCGAAGAUUUCCUCCACUGUUUUGCUACAGUAUUAAGAAUAAUCUGGAGCCGAAAUACAAUUACUUUGUGGUGGAGAUGGGGAGAGAUUUGAAGGAGCUGAAGGAGUUUCCACAGUAUUUCUCAUUUAGCUUAGAGAAUAGAAUUAAGCCGAGGCAUAAACGCUGCAUAGAAAUGGGGGUGUGUUUCCCUCUCCCUGUGUUGUUAAAGAUGACCGAAAUGAGCUUUCAAAAUAGGUUAGAUCUAUGUGUAAAUUCCUCAACACCCUUGAAAAAAUCUCCUCUCUGGUGUAAUGCUUGUGAUAUUCAAGUAUAGAGAAAAAAAAUUAACAAUUGCAUUGCGUAUUUACAUUGCUUUUGAUGAA